UCCUCGUCACUGUACUUCCUGUUAUGGGAGCACUAGUACUUCUCUGUGCUUUCAUUGGUGUUCUCCUUAUGUAUUAUAAAAGAAGGAAAGCUAAAGACGUUGAAAGACAGGAUGAUGGUUUGUUUUCGAUAUCCAUGUUAGAUGGAAAAGCAUUGUACAAGGAUAUCUUAAACGCCACAGAGGAGUUUGAUUCAACAUUUUGCAUCGGGCAAGGAGGACAUGGAAGCGUUUACAAGGUAAACCUUCCAUCAUUAGGGAAUAUAGCUGUGAAGAGACUUCAUUCUUCAUUUGAGAAUACACAUCGCAAAAGCUUCAUGAAUGAGGUAAGGGCAUUGAUAGGGACUAAGCAUCGGAACAUUGUGAAACUCUAUGGCUUUUGUUCGAAUGCAGAACACUCGUUCUUGGUUUACGAGUAUGCAGAGAGGGGGAGUUUGUCUAGUAUUUUGAGUAAUGAAGUUGAGUCCAAGAAUUUGGAUUGGCUUAAAAGGGUGAAUAUCAUCAAAGGUGUUGCUUUUGCUUUAUCUUACCUGCACCAGGAUUGCUCACCACCGAUUGUUCAUCGAGACAUAUCAAGCAGUAAUGUUUUGCUUGAUUCUGAGAAUGAAGCUCGAGUUUCAGAUUUUGGCAUAGCUAAGCUUCUCAUGCCAGACUCAUCCAACUGCACUACGCUUGCAGGCACAUAUGGCUUUGUUGCCCCUGAGCUUGCAUAUACAAUGAAGGUUACACAAAUGUGUGAUGUCUAUAGUUUUGGGGUAUUAGCAUUAGAGAUAAUCAAAGGAAAGCAUCUUGGGGAAUGCAUUACUCUGCUAGCAAAUUCAUCAACUAGAGAUCAUGUGCAGCUUAGUGAUUUACUGGAUGAACGCCUUCCAUGUCCUGAAGAUAGAGUAAAAGAGGUUUUGGUUUUUAUCAUUAAUCUAGCAAGCUCUUGUUUGAUUGAAACUCCAAAAUCAAGGCCAACAAUGUACUUCAUCUCUCAUAGGUUAUCAUCAAUGGAUCUACGUCCACCUACUCAUCAGAUAAACCCCCAUGUAAGGCGAGCUAUAUAAUCCCCGAUACGUAAGGCGUCUUUUAAUGGAAAUGAAUAACCUUUGACACCAAGUGGUUGUGAUGUAAGUAAUUUGAUGAGAAGGUCCAUGACAAAAUCUAGAAGAUACUGUUUCGUUACUAGAUUUUCUAGAAGCCUUGUAGUAACCUCGUAAGAAGAGUAAAGUUCUCUUUUGCUUAAUCUACUUUGUAAAUAUGGUGCCCAGCUCUUCCUUAAUGCUGAUGAAUAUACUGUUACCAUUCUCAAAAAAAAAAAAGGUCCAUGACAAAAUUAUUACUGGGAUUAAUAUUUCUGUAUUGUUAGGGUGCUUAUAAAAUAUAAUUCACUGCAAAUUUGUAAAACGGCAUUUAAGCCAGAUACCAAACCAGCUUUAUAAACAAAAAAACAACCACUGCCUGGUCACAAACAUAUAUCAGAAAUAAAAUUAUGAAUACUCGAAUCAGUGCAAUUCAGAAUCCAGAAGUAUUCACAUAAGGGAUGAAUUGUGCAACCAUAGAUAAUCCAGAAGUAUCUAUUUUUCAGAUAGGCCAAUAAAAAAUUAGAGAAAUAAAACGUAUCAUCUGAGUUUAUAGAUAAUUCACUAAAUGAAG